UGUUACUUCAAUUAUAUUAGUAGCAGCAUUGCUUAUCAUCAUGGUGUCUCCUAUUCCUACAUCAGUUCUUGCUUCUGGGCGAUACACUGCUCUUCUUAGUCAGCCACUAAAAGAAGGCAAUCAAACUGGUAAUAAUUAUCUGGUGCUGAGAUUACCAUUAGGAAUCAAGAUUGCUCUAUCAACUUCCAUUGUUGCCUUAAUCUUUCUGGUUUAUUGGGUUUGGAAAUGUUUUGGAAUAAAGUGCGAGCUAUCAGUAAAGCAUGGACGCGAGAAUGGUGGAACAACACAUACAUCCAGAGCAGGAAUCGAGCUUUCAGAAAGAGUGAAUGAUGAAACAGAUAAUCCAGAAGAGAAUAACUCCGAUGAGCAAUGCAGGAAUGAAGAUGAUGUGUUUUCCAUCACCGUUUUGGAUAGCUAAGGCUUCAAAGAUUACUGUUUUUACUUGACCAAUACUUUUAGGUUUGUCACUAAUAGUUGUAUUUCUUUGAGUGCUCAUUUUUAUGAUGAUAGAUAUUAUGUUAUAAAUUCAUCAUUUAAUUUAUGAUUAAAUUAUAUGA